ACAGCGGACGGACCAAUCUCGUAGAUACAGCGCAUGCGCGGAAACCAAUAUGGUUUGUUACAUGACAGUUUUUCUCGAGGUAAAUUCAGUGUAAACUUUACACAAGAAGACAAGCACAGUGGUGCAAUGGCAGGAGAAGAGCAGGAGAGCAAGAACAAGGGUUUCAGGCUGCUGGGGAUUCUAGAUGUCCAGAACACUCCGUGUGCCAGAGAAGCCGUCCUGCACGGAGCCGGGGGCUCACUGGCUGCGGGCCUGCUGCACUUUAUAGCCACGAGUCGGGUGAAGAGGUCUUUUGACGUGGGAUUUGCAGGCUUCAUGCUCACCACCGUUGGGUCCUGGUUGUACUGCAGGAUGAACAACGCUAAGCUUCGUGUGCAGCAGAGGAUGAUCCAGGAUGGCAUCAAGAACAAGGUCGUGUACGAGGGGACCGCUCUCGACCCCACAAUCAAACCUGGAGCAGAAACUCCCCCGGGGCCCUCGUGACCUCCGACGCUUGUAAUCCUGCCGCUGUAAGAACUGGGAGGAGAAGAGAGGACGCUGUCGGGGGCUUCAAAGGCUCAACAUACACUGUUUUCAAAAGACUGACUUCAGCGGGGAACUUCUCAGCUCCACAAAUGAUGGAAGGAACUAAAACUGCAGUGUUCCAGUGACGCAGCAAAUAACUGAAGCUGUUCCGAGAUAUUUUCUGAAUGAUGUUUCACCCCUAAAUUUAAAAAGCAAAUGUAUCCAUUGCAUUUCCCUCCUUCAAACCCUGUGAUGAAUGACAAGCUGUGUUUCCGUUCUUGUUUGUUUGAAGCAGUUUGUUCUGCAACUAAUCGACCAGUAAAGAAAGUCCACAGAACUAACACAGGCCCACCUAACCCCUUACUCUGGAGGCCAACAGGAUGUCAUCUGUCCAUGUCAAACACCUGCUGUGACAUCACGGAUUGGGCGUGGCCUAAUGUGUAAUGUGCUGGAGGUUUUAACCCACAAAAGACAAAGCAGCAGAUUUCUGUGUUCAGGGAUUUAAAUUCAGUGUGUGUGCGUGUGUGUGUGUGCGUGCGCAUCAUGGUAUGUUUCGUCAUGUGCUGAAGUUUAAACACUUAUUCAGAUUGUCCACCUUUUAAUGUCCUCAAAUAAUCAUUAAGUAAGUGUGUAACUGAAAUCUGUAUCUUUGGCAGCUUUGUAACAAUAUUACAUUUGCUUCAUAUAGUUAGAAAGAAUAAAUGAUUCUACUUGA